AUGCUCUACCUAGGAACCCAGCCGGGCACAACGGCGAGCAUGAGCGGCGGCCAAUGGGACGGCGCCGUCGAAGGAACACAGAACUUCGCCGACUUCUCCGAUCAGGGAGACCUUGCACAGGACUCGGACGAGUACGCAUACCAGCGCCUGGAUGAGUACCGCUUGCAGCAACAGCAGAUGCAGCAGAGCCAGACACCGAGGCCAGAGACUAAGUGGGCUGCGCUGGGCCCUGCUGGCGCUGCCGCAGCCACUGCCGGCGCUACCUCCGUUCCCAUGCACCGGACGGUGUCCAAGAGCUCCGCCAGCAGCUUCAAGUCGCGCACCAUCCGCGCGUCGUCGCACAAGAGCCGGCCACGCCUCCAGGCUAGCCUGUCUGCGCCGCUCUACGGUGCUACACCGUCUGCUCCACCGGUCUAUAACAUUCAGGCUUACUAUAACAGCAGCACCGCAGCGGCGGCUGGCGGCGGCAUGAGCCCCGAUCAGUACCUUGCCUUGUAUAGCCAAGGCCUUGGAUCCGCAACAUACGGCACAGCGGAAGGCGCCAUGCCCACCUACAACACGGAUCUAGCUGCCAGCCUCGGCAGCAACCUUCAUAACCAGCAGCAGCAGCAGCACGUCGACCCUACGUGCACACAGAUGAACCUGGACGGCAUUGACCUGGAGAGCCUGAACGGCCUGGACAACAUGGUCUUUGAUCCCAGCCACACGCCCAUCUCUCCACAGACGUGGGCCUCUUCGAGCUCUCGCCGUUCCUCCCCCGACCGGGCUCAGGUGGAGGCGGUCGCCGGCCGCAAGCGCACAACCAGCGGUCUCGGCCGCAUCAGCAGCAGCAGCAGCGGCAACAACAUGGACCAGAGCAACAAUGGCGAUGACGCCAGCACAAGCAGCAGCAGCCGCCGCCAGAGCGAGGGCGAGUCCGCUCGGGAUCACCCUCUGUACAAGACGGCAGCUUGCCAUCCAGAUGGUCUGUACCACUGCCCAUGGGAGGGCGAGGAGAGCUGCAACCACAAGCCCGAGAAGCUCAAGUGCAACUAUGACAAAUUUGUCGACUCACACUUGAAGCCGUACCGCUGCAAGAACACGGCCUGCGAGAACGCCCGCUUCUCGUCCACGGCCUGCCUCCUGCGCCACGAGCGCGAGGCCCACGCCAUGCACGGCCACGGCGACAAGCCCUACCUGUGCCCACACCCCGAGUGCGACCGCGCGCAGCCAGGGUUUGGCUUCCCGCGCCAGUGGAACCUCAAAGACCACAUGCGCCGCGUGCAUCACGACGACGGCUCGCAGCUGGAGCACAUGGCCGCAGCCGCGGGCACCGCUGUCGAUGCCGCGCCCAUGGCUGUCAGCAGCAGCCAGGCCGUCAGCAAGGGCCGCAAGCGCAAGAAGGACGUGGCCGCCACCAGCACGUCGGCAUCCUCACGCAAGGGUUCGUCGUCCUCUUCCAAGUCGGGCGGCAGCAGCGGCAGCAGCGGCAGCAACAGCCACCACAGAGAUGCGGAGAGCCGCCGCCACAUGCAGGAGCUCGCCGCCAUGGAGGCCGCGCACAAGCUGGCCGUAGACAAGAGCAAAGCCGAGUGGUACCACCACAAGGACAUGCUCUCCAAUGUCGUCAUGAAGUUCUCGGAGCCGGACGAUCCGGAGAUGUUGGCGCAGCUGCAGGCCGCGCAGAUCCACUUUGAUGCCAUCAGCCGCAUCUCGACCGAAAUGAUCUCGUCGUCCUCGUCUUCACAGCAAUAUUACCAGACAUACCCUCAAUAA